AUGGAUAUCAGAAACGCCACUCGGCUACGACGACGCAGAAAAGAUUGCGUUACGAAAUCCGGUCAUCUCGUCUCGUUACACAACAAGUUCCAAAAUGAUUUACUGGUGACGUAUGCUACCGAAAGGUUCAAUUCUUCUUAUUACGUCCGUAUGGGUCUGACGCGUGGUAACGGGCAUUCGGAUUGGGGCUGGUCCGACAACACUACUUACGAUUAUAUGAACUGGGCUUUUAUCUCUGGCAUG